AUGCGGCAUCCACCUGGAGCUCCCAGCCUCCUGGCCCCCAUUGUCCACCUGGAGCUCCUGUUUCCCAGCCCCCAGCGUUUACCUGAGGCUCCUGUUCCCCUGGCCCCCAGCAUCCACCUGGGGCUCCUAUCCCACCCGCCCUCAGCUGUCUUCCUGGGGCUCCCGGCCCCCCCAGUCCCCAGCAUCCACCUGGAGCUGCCGUCCUCCCUCCCUCAGCGUCCACGUGGGCCCUACCUGUCCCGGGAACCAGGCAGCAUGACAGCAGGUGAAAAGCGCCGGGAGACCAUCAAGCUCUCAGGGCCAGGACACCCAGGCAGCGGCCUCCUGAAGCCCAGUCCAGCCAGACGCAGCCCCCAGCCCACUGGGCGGGCCCUGCUGCGGCCCGAACGCCCGCCUUCCCCGGGCCCCGCGAGCCCACGCAGCCCCGGGGCGGGGCGCCGCCCCCCACCCCUGGCGCAGGAGCCCCACCCGGCCGGGCCCCGCCUCGCCCCGGACCCAGGACCCCAGACCCGCGACCCCCGCCGGCCGGCCGCCUUCACCCGGGACCUCCGGUCCGGAACCCUGACUCUGCCGGGCCCCGCCUCCUCCUCUGGCCCCGAAUCACGACUCCCCCGGACUCCCCCGGACUCCCCUGUGGCGGCCGUAGCCCGCUCCGCGGUUCAUUCAGGCCCGAGUUCUGUCCGGGUCCCGGGCACGUGUGCGGGAGGAAGGGGGUCCCCCCAGGAAGGGGGGCGCCGAGUCCCGGAGAUGCCGCCCGGCAAAGUCCUGCAGCCGGUCCUGAAGAUGAAGGUGGAUGAGCUCUUCCUGUGCUGGCUCAGCGAGCCCAGCACGCAGGCGAUGCUCCAGGACUGUCUGCAGAGGAUCAAGGUGCCCGGCAGGCCCGAGAGGGGCGGAGGAGACCCGAGGCAGCCCGCGCCCCCGCUCGCCGCCCCAGCCCCGGCCUGCAGACCUCGCGGGCCCGCUAGCCUGGGCGCGCCCAGUCCGGCCCCGGCGUCCAGCGCACUCCCAGUGGGAGCCGCCUCUAGGUGCCCGGAGUGGGCCACCUGUUCGAGGGCCUCGUAGAUCCGCAGGGACCAGAGGAGUAAGUUACUCUUCCUUCUGCUAACACCUGCGCAGGUCCAGACCAAGAAGGAGGAGCCCCUGCCCCCGGCCGCCAGCCAGAGCAUCCCCGCCUUCUACUUCCCCCGCGGCCGCCCCCAGGACACGGUGAACAUCGAUGCCGUCAUUGCCAAG